AUGUCGACCGUGCAGGCCAAGCCCACAUAUCCGUUGCUGACAGACUCCAACCUGUCCCUGCUUUUAUCCAAACCAUAUGGAUUACCCAUUUUGGAAUGCAUCAAAGCCAGACGAUGGGACACGUUGCUGCAAUAUCCUGAUGCUGUCCAAGACCUGACCAACUAUUGCGUCAUUUGCGGAGUGUUCAGCAAUAGACCGCAGGAAUUGAACCAGCACCUGCGCACCCAGCACCAUCAGCUGGUGCCCCACGUGAUGACCAAGGCCAGUCAGUUAUGCAAGUCCCAGGCGUCGAACUCCCCAUGCAGAUUUUGCCAACGCAGUUUCAAGAGAGUACAUCAAUGUCCAGUGAUGACCCAAGCCGCCGUGCUAUUAGUUAACACUGACUGCACAGGUGACACAUAUGCUGCACCCGGCCAAGCGGUUCUGCACUGCGACAUCUGCCACAUGCAGUUCCAGGAGCUCCGACUGCUCAAUGAACACUUGCACCAACUGCAUCGUCUUGAUCCACAAGACUGGGACCCACUGAGGGACCUCCUGGGGUCAGAUCCAGUUUGCAGUCACUGUUUGUCUUGUUUCGCAGAUCGUCCUGCAGUUCGGCAGCACAUUACCCUAGGGCAAUGUUUGAGCUUCGACCCGAUGCGUCCAGUGGCUGACUUACCGGUGCCACCUGACUGGCAGGAGAUCAUCAUGCAAGGCCAGACCACUGAGCUUCGACAGGCGCCCAUGACACGCCUACAGCUGACAUUGCGCUGCCAACUUUGCCAGACACAAUUUCAACGCACAGGGGAUUUAUCCCUUCAUUUGCAAACCACACAUGCCAGUUUAUGGGCAGCGUCACAGAUGUAUGUGCCACUACUGAUCGCAUCAUGCCAACCACAGGGAUGUUUAUGCAACCCCAUGACAAAUGCCAGUGGCCUGCAACACGUUUGCGUACCACUCAGGCAGCUCGGAAUGAUGGCAGCGAAGAUGGCAAUCCCACUGUACCUGCCCUGGAAGUUUGCAAUGCAGGAUGUCACCCAAUAUUUGCAUGCCGUGGCCGACCAAACGUUCACACCCAAACUGGUUGAAACCCUGGUCACAAGAAACUUCCCAGCCCUUUGGACAGACCCAUUGCUUGUGAAUGCACUUUGCACCAGAUGCCUGUGUUGUGGACUUGUUCUUCAUCCUGCUGCACUCCGUGACCAUGUCUUGGACGUACAUUCCUCAGUACAUGUUGAGUUUGAAACCUUGAUGCCACAACUCUUGGAUGCAUUGAGCCGUGACACCACCAAUGACUUCCAAUGCGAACUUUGUGCCCAGAUCUUCAAUCAUACCAUCAGUGCCCGGCUCUGCAACAAAUUGCUGCUCUUCUUCUCUAUGGGCAUGGAGACCAAUGCAGAGUACACAGCAGAAGACUCGGAGAUGCUGGAAACCUUCAGGCAGAUGGGGCCUCUUCUAGCACAAGAGCGCUAUGCACGACCAGACGUCGCCAGGGAGAACAAGAAGCACAAACCGAACGGGGCUUCACCCGCAGAACACGGCGGCGACACGAUGCAGCUGCUGAAGGCAAUGGGCCAACUUCUACUACGAGUGGAUGCGGAGCAACAAGCUCUCAAGCGUCAAGACUCAUGGAUUUGCUUCAUGCAAACAGAGCCCCAAGCCCUACUUCCAUCCCUGAUUCAGAAGGCUGCCGAGUGGAGACAGCAGAAGAACGUGAAGGAGGAUCCAACCACGGAUACCCAACCUCUGCCGCUCCGAUGUCACCUCACACAGCACUUGGGGGAGACCCUUCUACACAGACUCCAUCGCCUGGCGGAAUGCAAGGAGACGGAUCAGUUGAAGGUCGUGGCCAUCCAGCAUGGACUUCUGACCCCAGACAACACCUUCCCGUUUCAGAAAUGGAGCCAUCACACCCAGGGGCUGAGAACAACCUCCCAGGCACCCAUCACGCUCCAGAGGAUGAUCAAGUACGGCGAGCAAUUGCAAGACAUCCUGCGCGAUCCCCAGGUGACGAUUCGCUUCCAUUCCAUGAAGCCGAUGGCGGAAGACAAAAUCAUCCCCUGGCUAUGGCAAAUUUCGAUGCGAGCGGACGACCUACAGGUUCUGCUGACGACCCUACAAGGAUCGACGGUAUGGGGACUCCUAGGCAUGAGUCUGAAACCUCACAGCCUGGGGCAAAGUCGCCCAGCCCAACACCUUCAAGAACUACUGGGGAAGGGCCAGGGGAAGCACUCGAAGAAGGGAUUGGCGGCACUGAGAUUGGCCAACACCUCGAACUGGUGCUUCCUCAAUGCAUCCUUUCUGAGCACGCUGUGGGCUUACCUGAGUGUUGAUCUUUUCUCACUUGAACAAUGGGGACCACACUCCACCCAACUUGCCGACAUCCUGCUCAAGCAUGAGGCUGAACCCAUCGACCUUUGCUCAAUUCCUUGCAUUAGCAUGCUUCUUGAUCAAUGGCAAGAUUUUGGCAGACAGGGUGACCCUGUGGAAUUCUUAGCACAUAUGAUGCGGGGCCUCCAGUUCACCGGUGUCAACUUGAGCUGGGAAAAGCGCGUGCAGGUGGGAGUUCAGACAAACACGGUUGAUGAAGGUGAUGCAUUCUUGCCCAUCCUUUUGCAAUUUGAUCCAGCCAUGUUGCAAGACAACCAUGUCACGCUGAGACAAAUGAUCAGAGACUGGUCCAGCCAGGCAAAGGUGCCAUCACAAAGUGCGACAUCCCAGUCAACUUCCACUGGGGAUGUGACGCUGGGGCAAUGCAGUGAGUUCGACCCUCAUCGCUCACCAUUUCCCCUGCCUAUUGCCGAGAUCUGGACAACAGCCUUGGAGACAGGGGACUUACAACCAGUUCUGUCUGACCCGAUGCUCAGGAUGCGUAUGACGCUGCACUGUGCCCAAUGCGGUGCUGCCUACAUGCGCUCUGGAGAUUUGAUUCUCCAUCUGCAGACGGCUCAUUCAGCCAUGUUGGGCCAGGCGCAAGCCCUCACCAGAUAUCUGAUGAAGACAUUGAUGCCACAACACUCCUGUGUGUGCAACCCCAGUGUUCACAAGGUCACUUUGACCCAUGUUUGCCCCUUUUACCGUCAGAUGGCAAUGCUUGCGGGACGCUCAGCAGUGCCCCUAUUCCUGCCGUGGCGCUCAGACAGGGAGAGCCUCGCCCUGAGCUUGCACCACAGUCAAACGCAUGCAGUCAUGGAUCGACUGGUUGAAUGCAUUCAUGCAAGACACAUCCGACAGCUCCUGCAAGAUAAUGCGCUUCAGGCCUUUCUCAGGGAACAUUGCGUGAUUUGUGGUGGUAUUUUUCACCCUGCUCUGCUGCGCGACCACAUCCUGCAAGUCCACUCCUCAAAUCUGGACAGAGUCGUUGACCUUCUGCCAUUUUUGUUUGAAGAGUUUCAGAGGGCUUCUCAUACGGACUAUCAAUGUGCGCAAUGUCAUCAGAUUUUCAAUCUGCCACUGCUUGGAGCUUCCAGUUUAGCAGAACAACAAUCACGGCAGACACUGGUUCUCAUUUUCAACAGUGCCCCGUCGUACACCAAGUGA